GGCAGGCGGCGGCGCGGGGGCUGCUCGGAGCUGAGGUGCGGGCGGGGCGGCGGGAGCCGUGCGCGCUGAGCUUGGCCCAGCGGGGCGGCCGAUACGGGCUCGUCAUCCACUCGCAGGAGAGGGAGAACUCGGAGCCGGAUUACAUUCCCAUCAACAGCCGCUUUAAGUGCGUGCAAGAGGCAGAAGAAACUCUGCUGAUUGAUAUAGCUACAAACAGCUGCAAGAUCCGGAUACAAGGUGACAAGACAGCUGAGAGGCUCUUUGAAAUCCCUGAUGAGGAGCAUUGCUUGGGGUUCCUCGCAGAAGUGCAGAGCAUACAGGAAGCUCAGUUAAAAGACGCUCUGCCUGGCCAUAAGGACUCAGACAGCUGGCAUCAGAUGGAGAAAAACCUCCCAAGUCUAUCGCAGGCCUCUUCUCCAGGAGCUCUGGGGUUUGAGGAUGACUUCAAUGCUCUAAGCCUAGAGAAGAAAAGAAACAUGCAAAACCACCAAGCAGGCUCUCGCCGGGAACCCCCACCUCCUCCUGUGCCUCCAAGUAGGCAGUUUCACCGAGAGAGAGAAGGGACAUCAAGAGACCAACCAAAAGUAACCAACACCAUGCGCAAAAUGUUUUUACCCAGCAACCAAUCAGGACAAAGAGAAGGCCUCAUCAAACACGUGCUUGGAAAGAGAGAGAAGGAAUAUGUCAACCUUGAGAACUUCAGAUUUUUUGUGGGAACAUGGAAUGUGAACGGGCAGUCUCCAGACAGUGGCUUGGAACCCUGGCUGGCAUGUGACACAGGGCCUCCCGACUUCUACUGCAUUGGAUUCCAGGAGCUGGACCUCAGCACGGAGGCUUUUUUCUACUUUGAUUCUGCAAAGGAACAGGAAUGGCUGGCUGCUGUGGAGAGGUCCCUGCAUCCUCAGGCUAAGUAUAAGAAAGUGCAAAUGGUCCGUUUGGUUGGGAUGAUGCUGCUUGUGUUUGCUAGGAAGGAUCAGCUGAGCAACAUCAGGGAGGUGGUGACAGAGACUGUGGGCACCGGAAUCAUCGGAAAGAUGGGCAACAAGGGCGGCGUGGCAGUGCGCUUCGUGUUCCACAACACCACCUUCUGCAUUGUCAAUUCCCACCUGGCUGCUCACGUGGAGGACUUUGAGCGACGGAACCAGGACUAUAAGGAUAUCUGUGCCCGGAUGAGUUUUGUAACCCCUGAUGGUACUCUACCUCAGUACAACAUCAUGAAACACGAUGUUGUCAUCUGGCUAGGAGACUUGAACUACAGGCUUUGUAUCCCUGAUGCCAAUGAAGUGAAAAGCCUUAUCAGUAAGAACGAGCUUCAGAAGUUGUUGAUGUACGACCAGCUGAAUAUCCAACGUGUUCAUAAGAAAGCAUUUGCAGAUUUCAUGGAGGGAGAGAUUAAAUUCAUCCCUACAUAUAAAUAUGACUCUAAAACAGAUCGCUGGGAUUCCAGUGGAAAGUGUCGUGUGCCAGCGUGGUGUGACAGAAUCCUCUGGAGGGGUGGGAACAUCCAUCAGCUCCACUAUCGCAGCCAUAUGGACCUGAAGACCAGUGACCACAAGCCAGUCAGCGCGCUUUUCCACAUUGGGGUAAAGGUUGUGGAUGAGCAGAGAUAUCGAAAGGUGUUUGAAGAUAUCGUCCGCAUGAUGGACAGAAUGGAGAAUGACUUUCUUCCUUCGCUGGAGCUAAGCAGGAGAGAAUUUCAGUUUGAGAACGUGAAGUUCCGGCAGCUGCAGAAGCAGAAGUUCCAGAUAACCAACAAUGGACAGGUUCCCUGUCACUUCUCCUUCAUCCCAAAGCUCAGUGACAAGCAGUACUGUAAGCCCUGGCUUCGGGCUGAGCCUUGUGGAGGUUACCUGGAGCCAAAUGAGAGCGUGGACAUCUCCUUGGACGUGUAUGUCAGUAAGGACUCCGUAACCCUGCUGAACUCAGGCGAGGAUAAAAUUGAGGAUAUUCUCGUCCUUCACUUGGACAGAGGGAAGGACUAUUUCCUCACCAUCAGUGGGAGCUACCUGCCCAGCUGCUUUGGCACCUCCCUAGAGGCCCUGUGCCGAAUGAGACAACCCAUCCGGGAAGUUCCAGUCACCAAACUCAUUGACCUGGGAGAAGACAGCUUCUUAGAAAAGGAGAAGUCUGUGCUGCAGAUCGGCUUCCUGAACAGUGAGGAUGCAAGUGAGAUGCCACUGCAGAUGCCAAAGGAGAUCUGGCUCUUGGUGGACCACCUGUACAAGCGUGCUUGCCACCAGGAGGAUCUGUUUCAGACUCCAGGCAUGCAAGAGGAGCUGCAGCAGAUCAUUGACUGCCUGGACACCAGUAUCCCUGAGACAAUCCCGGGCAGCAACCACUCUGUGGCUGAAGCACUCCUCAUCUUCCUGGAGGCUCUGCCAGAGCCGGUGAUCUGCUAUGAGCUGUAUCAGAGGUGCCUCGACUGUUCUCAUGACAGCCGGCUCUGCCGACAGGUGAUUUCUCAGCUGCCUCGCUGCCAUCGCAGUGUGUUUCGGUACCUGAUUUCGUUCCUCCGAGAGCUGCUCAAAUACUCUGAAGACAACAAUGUCAGUGCUACCAUGAUCGCCACCUUGUUCACCAGCCUCCUCCUGCGGCCUCCCCCCAAUCUGAUGUCCAAGCAGACCCAGCAGGACCGCCAGCGUGCCAUCAACUUCCUCUAUGGUUUCUUGCUUGCCGGGGAUGAGGAGUGACUCCUGCCUCUUGCCAAACUGGGCCCCGUGCCACUGGUGGCUCCUGAAGGGCAGAAGGCUCUAAGCUACUCCAAGUGCCGUGUUUACAGUUGCAAGGGAAGCGUUGUGCUCUCCUUCCCGCUGCUGUACCCCACACUGCAGAGGAUCAUUGCACUCAUUGCACUGCCAUCCAUGACAGGAGCUUCCUGCUUUUCUCCCCCGGAUCUGGCUGGAUCUGCUGAUAGCUGAGCACGCUGCCAGCAGCCGUUCCUUAGUGUCACCAGUUCCCUGCACCACGCUUCUCUCUCCUUGUCACCCCCUGGAGUCGUUGCAGGGAAGGGUGGAGACUGCUGGUGCUGUUGUCCCUGCGGUGCUGGUGAGAGCUCUGUGCUGUUACAGGUGUUGGGCAUGUGCCACCCUCAGCCAUGCAGCAGACUAAACCCAACACACCAUCACUGUGCUAUGAAAGGACUGUGCCAGGAGGGUUAUCUGGACGUGUGGCCUCCUCCCUUCCCUCCAUUAGUGCAGUAUCCUCUUUCCUGCUUCCUUGUCUGUGGGUAAGGCUUUGUCGUUCCUGGCCCCUGCUCUGGCCCCUGGGUUUCUGGCACCAGAGCAUUGCCUGCUCUCCCCUCUCCGUUCCCGUGUGCCCUGGCUUCCUUCUGAGCCAGUGGUGCUGGUGGCUGGGUGGAGGAGCCUGCAUCAAGCAGCACUGUGGGCUGCACACAGUUUCUCUGGGGCAUGGCACGGAGCAGGACCCAGCUCCUGGACCCCAGCCCUGCCUGAGGGGAAGCAGGUCUGGGGCUGCGGGCAACGUUGGGUGCCUUCCUAUCUGUCCUGAUGGGGAGAGGGUGAGGGGUGAGAAUGGGCAUCAAGUGUAGCAGGAAAGGAGCUGGGGGCCUCUGGUGCUGAGGGGCUGGAAAGGGGGCUGCAAGUGGGGAGCCUGACCCUGCUCAAACACUACGCCGAGCCCUGCCUGCACUGGGAGCUGCGGGUGCCUAUGUUCAGCCUGAGACCCACGUACCCAACCACAUCCCACUGCCUGUGUUCCCCUGCAGCCAGGGAUCCAGGACCUUGAGGCUCUUAUUGUAGUUUUUGUUUUUGUUUUGUUUUUUAUUUUUAAAUUACAUAAUUUAUUGGAAAUCUGUCUGUUCCAAAUAAACCUCAGUUGUGCAA